AUGUUCGCCACGCUUGUCGCUCUCGCCUGCGGCGCGACCGAAGCUGCCGUAGAGGACCCGCACGCCAACGGCCUCUAUAAGCGGGACUCGCCCGUCACCUCGCUCACCUCCGCGCGGCUCGCUCAGCUCGUCGAGGGCGGCACUCCGACGCUGGUCGAGUUUUACGCCGAGUGGUGCGGGCACUGCCAGCAGUACGCCAAGACCUACGAGAAGGUCGCGGCCGCGCUACGCUCCGACGUGCCCGGGCUGCUCGUCGCCGCGAUCAACUGCCCGUCGCACGAGAAGGACUGCUCCAGCCACGGCGUCCGCUCCUACCCGACCAUCAAGCUGUUUGGCGCGGUCAACUCGUCGGAAGGCGCCGCCGGAGCGGCCGCGCCGGACAGCAGCGCCGACGGCUCCGACGCUCCUCCUCACGAGGAGGACGAGGCGAUGAAGGGAGGCGGGAUCCUUGUCAAGGAGACUCCAGUGGUGGUGGUGGGAGGCAGCAGUGGGUGGCUGUGGGCGUCCGCCCCCGGGUCGGCCGAGUGCGACCUCGCCACUGAUCGCUCUGCACUCCUGGAGUAG